CAACACGCCAUGGCUCCCGUCACGUCCAUCCCGUACCCCAGCACUCUCGACUACAAGAACCAGGGCGUUCCUGUCCCCGGCACUGAGCGACCCGGACAGACUCCUCACUACCGCAACGGUGUCUGGGGCUACAUCAGCGUCGACACGCCCGGCGCGCUCAAGACUCUCUAUGAGAUCUUUGAGAACGGCUACGCGCACAACCCCAACGCCCGCCUCCUCGGCCACCGCCCCAAGCUCUCCGACAGCCCGCUCAAGUUCGGUCCGUACGUCUGGCAGACCUACAAGGAGGUCGACGUCCGGAGGCGCCGGCUGGGCAGUGCGCUGCACCAUCUCUUCCAAAAGGGCGACCUCAAAGCUCACGACCUGCCGACUGUUGGAAUCUGGGCGCAGAACAGGCCGGAAUGGCAAAUCGUCGAGCUCGCGCUUCACGCGUACGACAAGGUCGGCGUUAGUCUGUAUGAUACGCUAGGAAAGGAUUCAGUCGAAUAUAUCAUUAAUCACGCUCAACUGAGCAUUGUCUUCACCACCCCCGACCAUAUACCCGCCCUGCUAAAGUCUGCCCCGAAAUGCCCCACCAUGAAGGCUAUCGUGUCGCUCGACGCCUUGAACCCACAAGCUCGGACCGCAUUCAAUGCGUGGGGUGAGAGUUUUGGCAUCAAGAUCUACGAGCUGAGCGAGCUGGAGGCACUUGGCCAGGCCAACCUCAUUGAUCCCAUCAUCCCAACGCCCGAAACCAUUGCAUCUAUCUGCUACACCUCCGGCACAACGAGCAACCCCAAAGGCGUGGUCUUGACGCACGGUAACCUUGCCCUUUCUGCCUACUCCAACCUGUUCGGCCUCGAGUAUCCUCCCAGCUCAUGCCUUUUCUCUUACCUCCCCCUCGCCCACAUCUACGAGCGCGUCAUGGAGCUCGCAACCAUCGCCACCGGCGGCUGCGUCGGCUACUUCACAGGCGACCCGCUCCGGCUGCUCGAGGACGUGCAGGAACUCAAGCCGCAGUUCUUCCCGUCCGUGCCGCGCGUGCUGAACCGCAUCUACCAGUCCGCGAUGGCGGCCGGGCAGCUGCCCGGCAUCAAGGGCGCGCUGUUCAGGGCGGCCGUCAAGGCCAAGAUGGACAACUUCAAGGCGACGGGCGCGACGACGCACACGUUCUGGGAUGCGGUGGUGUUCCGCAAGGUCCGCGCCGUCCUCGGCGGCAACCUGAUGCUCGUCAGCACGGGCUCGGCGCCGAUCAGCGCCGAGGUGAUGGACUUCCUCAAGAUCGCGCUCGGGUGCGAGGUCGUCGAGGGGUACGGCAUGACCGAGAACUGCGGGACGUGCACGCACACGGUCAAGGACGACCGCAGCGCGAGCGGCUCGAUCGGCCCGCCGCAGCCCGUGAACGAGCUCAAGCUCGUCGACGUGCCGUCGAUGAACUAUACGUCCAAGGACAAGCCGAACGCGCGCGGCGAGCUGUGCGUGCGCGGGGCGAACUGCUUUAGUGUGUAUUAUAAGGACGAGAAGAACACGUCGGAGACGGUUCACGACGGCUGGAUACACACCGGCGACGUCGCCGAGGUCGACGCGCACGGUCGCUUCCGCAUCGUCGACCGCGUCAAGAACAUCAUGAAGCUCGCCCAAGGCGAAUACGUCGCGCUGGAAAAAGUCGAAAACCUAUACAGCGCCUGCCCACUCGUAUCCCAGAUCUACGUACACGGCGACUCGCUCCAAUCCUACCUCACCGCCGUCGUCGUCCCCGAACCCAGCACAUUCGCCCCGCUCGUCGCCUCCACCACCGGCGACCCCUCCAUCACACCCGAGAACACCGCCGCGCUGACCAAGGCGCUGCGCGACCCGCGCGUGGUCGCCGAGACGCUGCGCGUGCUCACGCGCGAGGCGAAGAAGAACAAGCUGACGGGGUUCGAGACCGUCAAGCGGCUGCACCUCUCGCUCAGCCCGUUCUCGGUCGAGGACAACACGCUCACGCCGACGUUCAAGCUGCGCCGCAAGGACGCGUACGCAAAGUUCAAGACGGAGCUCGAUGCGCUGUACGCGCUCGGCGAGCCUGCGUCGUCGGGCAGCAAGCUCUAAGCUAACCAGGCGAGAAGGGGGUGAUAUAAAACGGAAACGAGGACGAGGACGAGAACGAGGGGGACGGGAUGCAUAGAUUAUCACGGUUUCCUUUGUUUCAUUGGGAAAGCUGUAUUUCAUUGACUUGAUUGAUAGCUCAUAUCGCGAACGAGCUACAGAAAACAUCUUUAUACAACAACGACGACGAUGCCUAUGUACAUUUAAUACAUCUCUCUAUCUAUUUAAAUCAACAAGGAGAUCUCGGAUAAAGACGUAGCAA